ACUUCAGUGAGUUUCUGCGCGCUCACGAAGAGUCCUCUCAAGCAACGCACAACAGAUCCGAACAGAAGAUCGUGAGAAUAUGAGACAAUGACCAUUACAUCGCCACAAGAUUCCUGUAGAGCUCACUUUAAAUCAGGAUUUCAUUGAUUCAGACCUGGUCGUGACUUCAGCCAUGUCUUGUCGAGACAUUCACGCCACCAAUGCUUUUGCCUUCAUCAUUGCUCUGUUGUCUGUGGGCUGUUUGACUGUCGCUACACUCAUCCCCCAAUGGAGAACAACACGUCUGCUCACGUUCAACCGUAACGCAAAAAAUGUAACUGUGUUCGACGGCCUGUGGACCAAGUGUGUGCAGCGAGAUGGUUCAUCGGGAUGUUAUUACUUUGAUGCAGACUGGUACAUCAAAGUAGACCAGUUGGACCUCAGACUCCUGCAGUUCUGUUUACCUACUGGUUUGUUCUUUGCAGGCUUGGCUCUUCUGCUUUGCCUUACUGGCAUGUGUAAGACCGCUUGCUGCUCUAAGACUCCAGAGGACAUCAAGAACAGUCGCUGCUUGGUCAACAGUUCAGGCUGUCAUCUGGUGGCUGCAAUGUUUCUCUUUUUAGGCGGGGCCAUCGCAAUGCCCCCCUCCGUCUGGUUUUUGUUCCACACGAAAGACCUCAACGAGCGCUACGAUAACCUGUUCGCAGUGGAGUUUGGAGUCUAUGUGGCCAUCGCCGGUGCUGGUGGACUUAUGUUAGCUGCUCUUCUGAUGUUCAUGUGGUAUUGCAUGUGUAAGAAACUGCCAUCUCCCUUCUGGCUGCCUCUUCCUGAGGUGCCUGUAAUGUCCCACGGCAUCUCAGCGCAGCCUCUUAUGACCAACGGUUUGCCUUCUCCUGUGACUUAUGUACCACAAAGCUUCCCUCCUUCUGCACUGGAUGCCCCCUCCUUUGUCCCAGCACAGGGUUACCCUCAACAUGCAGCCCCACAGCCUCUGCCACCUCAAGUGUAUAUGCCACACAUGUCAGCGCCUGACGGAUAUGGAUCGGAAGUGGGAGGCUCACAAGCAUAUAGCUACGCCCCAUCUCAAAGCUACGCCCCUUCUCAGGGAUACGCCCCAUCACAGAGAUACGCAGGGCACCGCUAUUCUACACGCUCUCAAAUGUCAGGGAUUGAGAUCGACAUUCCCAUCCUUAGAGAGUGAGAAAACAAAGUCGGGGUGUCGACUGAAGCUUCAAUCGAAAAGGUCAACGUUGCAUCAUGUGUAAUUCUACAAAUGAGUAAUUACAUACUAGCUGUGAGAUUUAUGUUGUGAAGUAAACGAAAUUGUGAAAUCGAAGGAAACAACAUUGUUCAUUUGAUUUAGCAGAUGACUUGGUCACAUCACUGAAAAGGUUUAAAAGAGCAAUCAUGUGCCUUCUUCUGAAUGCCUUUAUUUUGCUCCUGAACUUUAGGAUACCACUGAUCUUACUUAUGUUGUGCACUGUUCUAACCUAUUAGUAUGUCUACUGAUUUAAAUCUGCCUACCCACAAAUAUCAGAAAAACACACUACCUACACUGACAGUGUAUAGGUGCCUGUCUUGUGCAUUACUGAUCAUGAAUUUGCCAUAUUUCCAAUAGUCGCAUAUUUUGCAGUUUAUUAAGGCAAUACAUAGGUUGCUUUGUUGUUGUCAUAACCAAAUAUGUUAUUCUACCCAUAUUGUUACAGUAUAGUGUGUGAAAUGAGAAUUAAUAUCUCCUGAUUUUAUUUUUAUCAUGAAAGAUUGGAUGCAUUAAUCUGUAUGGUUUGUUUUCUGUUUAAUAGAUGUACUUCAAAUGAAAGUUUACCAUUACAACUGUUUUCACUAUUUUAUUUUACUAACUAACGAUUUUAUAUUUCACGUAAGAAAUCUGAACACUUGAAUAAUAUGUAUCUGAAUUUAGGUUUUGUCAGGUCUUUAUAUUAAAGUGUUUGAGCACUUUUGCAAUAAUGUAUAAGAUCACCUUACUUUUACUUUGUGACUUAAUUUUACUUGGGAAGAUUAAUCACUGAGAGCCAUCGGAAAGAGAACUGAGACGUUCACACUUUGAACGUCGAAUAUAGCCUCAUAAUGAAGUUCUCUGUGCUUCCUGGUACAAAUGUUUGGAUUGUUACCUUGUAGAGUUGCCAUAGAGGUCACUGAAACAAAAAAUAUUGAACUUAUUCGACUGAAAUGAAGAAUAACAUUAGAAGAACACUAAUAUCUUUACUAAUGAUCUACAAAGUUAAUGUCUUAAAUGAAAUGAGCCCUCUCGCAUUUAAAUAUUUUUACCUGUUAUAAACGGAUCAAAUUCUGUUUUGCCUUAAUCAAAUUCAGUUUUUUUUACAUUAAUGUAUUAGGCAGAUGUCUACGAAUGUCUUUUCAAAUAAAAGUGCUGUUUAUUGAA